AUAGAAAAUAUUUUUGCGUUUGCACUUUUAGAUGAUUUUUAAAAUUUACUUUGCUCCCAACAUUUUGAGAGGAUUUUAUAGUUUCUAUUCUAACCUUCUGUCGUGAGCAUCUGUUCUGUCUGUUCUGUAUGCGGAGAACGGGAGAACCAGGAGGUUGACGUAAGCAAGCAGGCGUAGGCUUAUCCUUUUGUUUUUAUUCGCCUCGGUGCGAUCAGGAAUUCGUGCAUCAUAAACAUAAUUCACGCCCAAUUUAUACCGCAUUUACAACAGUAUCACCCCGUGGAAAGUGUUGGAUAUCAAGUUGUGUGAGAGUUCUGUGUUCUAAUCUUAUUAUUUUGUGAAGUGCAAUACUUUGUUUAACAGAAACAUUGUAGUUGAAAUAUUGAUGGACUAACCUCUAACAUUGGUUAGCGGAAUGUUCAAAUUUAUAAGAAAUAAAGGGCAACAGCCCUCAGCUGAGCGUCAAAAACUUCAAAGGGAUUUGUUUGCAUAUCGCAGGACUGUACAACAUGGGUUCCCCAACAAGCCUACCUGUGUCGCAUGGGACCCGGAGCUGCGACUUAUGGCUAUCGGCACCGCUACGGGUAGUAUCAAAGUCGUUGGACAACCAGGCGUGGAGUUUUACGGACAUCUUCCCACUACAGAGACUGCCAUCACCAGGCUGAUAUUCAUCCCCAAUGAGGGUCGUCUGGUAUCUCUGAGCAGCACCAACACUCUCCAUCUCUGGGAGAUGAAUGACAUGACCUUGGAGGACACCAAGAGCAUCCAGUUGGAGGGAAAGCUAAAGAAGAUUUCCUCGCUGAGUCUAGACGGUUCCACUCUGUUGCUGGGUACCGAGGGUGGAAACAUCUACUCUCUCAACACCGCUACGUUCUCCAUAUCAGAGAGCAUCAUAUACCAGGACGCAGUCAUGCAGAAUGUCCCUGAGGACUACAAGAUCAAUCCCGGAGCAGUGGAAUGUGUGGAGCCUCAACCAGGACAUCCGGGACAUCUGCUGAUUGGAUACAACCGAGGACUGAUGGUGUUGUGGAACAGGAAUACCAACAGUGCUCUGCAGACGUACGUGUGGGCCCAACAGCUGGAGAGUGUGUGUUGGAACGCGGCUGGGACUAACUUCAUGUCCGCCCACAACGACGGCAGUCACACCUCAUGGGACACCGAGUCCGGGGAGCCGAGGGGUGAACCCACGACGCCCUACGGACCCUUCCCCUGCAAGAGUAUCACCAAACUUAUCUGGACCCAGGCUGAGGGUGAUGACCUAUUACUCUAUGCUGGAGGGAUGCCUCGUGCCAGCUUCAGUGAUAGACACACCAUCACAGCGCAACACGCAAAGAAACAUGUAGUCUUUGACUUUACUUCCCGAGUUAUUGAUUUCUUCACCAUCCAGGCCACAGGGGACCAGAAAGGAGUCAGUGCGUUGAUGGUGCUGCUAGAAGAAGAGCUGGUAGCUAUAGACCUGCAGUCGGAGGAUUGGAGGAUGCUACAACUCCCAUACCUUGUGUCCCUACACGCCAGCGCGGUGACUUGUGCAACCUAUGUGAGUGACAUCACGCCUGACGUCUACGAUCAGAUAGUGGCGGCCGGUCAGGCUCAGAGCAAAGGAAUAUACUCUGACGCGCCGUGGCCUAUCGACGGAGGCAAGUUGAGAGACAGCCCACCUACUCACCUAGACCUACUACUCACUGGCCAUGAGGAUGGUAGUGUGCGAGUAUGGAGGGGAGGUACUGUGGCGUUGGCUCCUCUGUACAAACUAACUUCCUCCUCCGUGUUGGUGAGUGACGACGAACCCGUGUCUCCUGUGGAAGAGGAGGAAGACGAGUGGCCGCCUUUCAGAAAGGUUGGAGCCUUUGACCCGUAUUCUGAUGACCCGAGGUUGGCUGUCAAGAAGCUAUGUCUGUGUCCAGAGACAGGAGUGUUGGUCGUGGCAGGAACAGCUGGUCAUGUACUGACUGCUACUUUGUCUCAGACAUCCACCACCAAACAAGUUAAGGUCACAUCGCUCAACAUUGUCAGUGACAGAGAUAAGUUUGUCUGGAAAGGCCAUGAGAAGCUUGGAGUGAGAGAAAGCGUGGACUGGGGUCCUGGAUACCAGGUAGAGUCAGUGUUACAACUACAUCCGCCCGCAGCUGUGACGGCGCUGGCGUCACACACAGGCUGGGGACUAGUGGCUGUGGGGACGGCGCACGGCCUGGCGCUCUACGACUACCAGAGAUUCGUAUCUGUCACGUUCAAGUGUACACUCAACCCUCAUGAUCUCUCAGGCAUUGGGGAUGCCCCGAUCUCAAGAAGAAAGUCUUUCAAAAAGUCUUUACGAGAGUCAUUUAGACGACUGAGGAAAGGAAGAUCAGGGAGACAGGGAGAUAAACGAGGGGGACAAUCUCCCACCCCUACGGACAGGCGAGAGAAACGGCCCGUGGAGGUGGUGGUGGAUUCCCCGGGAACAGCUGUCACUACACCCACUACCCCCGCGGAGGCCAAGCCUGUAGAGAGAGCCGUAGAGGCCAGACCAGUAGACGAUGCGCUUGGCAGUAUGGUGCGGUGUCUCACCUUUGCUAAGACCUACAUCAUCAGCGUCCAAAGUGUUAUGCCUACAUUGUGGGCGGGGACCAACAACGGAACAGUUUACGUGUUUACGAUCUCAGUUCCUGCGGGGAACAAGAGAAGCGAAGAAGCUGUAGGUUGUCAACUAGGUAAAGAGAUCCAGUUGAAACACAGGGCGCCGGUGAUCGCAGUCAGCGUGAUAGACGGGGAGUAUAAUGAAGUGGAGGGCCGCGUCUGUGACACAGUGCCUCUACACAGGGUCAUCAUCACAUCAGAGGAACAAAUUAAGAUAUUCACAUUGCCAUCCCUAAAGCCAUUGUGUAAACUGAAGUUAACUGCAGGGGAAGGAGCCAGGGUGCGACGUACUGCUUUAGCCAGGUUUUCCACGACAACUCACUCGGAAACCUGCCUCUUGUGUCUCACCAACCUCGGAGAUGUAAUUGUACUGAGCCUGCCAGAGCUGAGGCGGCAGAUCAACGCUGCAGUGAUUCGCAGAGAAGAUAUCAAUGGCAUCUCGUCAUUGGUGUUCACCCGGUACGGGGAAGCAGUCUAUCUACACUCCAGCAGCGAGAUGCAGCGACUCUCAGUGUCGGCUACGCGACACACAGCGCCUCAUUGCGGUCUGGAGCUGCCUCCACACGCAAGGGCGACCCAGCGACUAGACCAGGGCGACUCGUCUAGUGACAGUGAGUCUAGCAGUGACUCGUCGUCUAGUUCUAGCUCUAGCAGCGACAGCGACGCGGAGGAGGAGAAAGAGGAGAAGGAAACAGGACAAGGACAGGUAGUGGAGAUCAAGGAGAAUGGUUUGCCAGAGACUGAAGGAACCUUUAACCAUCUGGACCUCAGCAGUGUGGGGGACAUCACCAUAGACUCUGUCAAAGACCAUAUGGUCAAUUCCACCUCACAGGAGGAGGGCAGCAAGAUCGUAACGACAGAGAUGACCAAACUCGAGACAACCACAGAGUCUGUAGUGGUCAAAACCACUGUCAUCACCACCAAUGAGACCACGCUCAUCACCCCUACGUCCGAGACCCCGGAACGAGCCUCUACACCCACUAUACAGGACGGAGGCCAUAUGUUAGCAGAGGUAUUCUCUAGAGAUGGUGAUGCGUAAAGCGCCGCUGGCCAAGAUGGAGGAUUUAGAACAGCUGGAGAUGACAGCCUAAACAUUCCGCAUGUCUCAACACGUUCCAUCUCGCAUGGACUCGCCGGUGUGCUUGCAACCUACUCAUGAUAUUCUGACAAAUUUAUAUUUAUUUAACUCAAUUGUUUUACUAUCACAGAAGACUUUUUACAUUGUUUCCGUUCAUGGGAAAGUUUUGUUGCUUGUGACUUUGAUUUGGGUUUCAUUCAACCCAGAUGUUUUCUCUGUUUUGUCUUCCUGGAAGAUUAUUUUUCGUGUAAAUUGAUAAGAUGAAAUUUUGUACAAGGCAGUUUGAAUUGAAUGCGAUAUUGUAUGUUAUAGCUUUUGGUGAUAGGCUUUGUUCCUUAACAGUUGUAAAAUCAACUGUCUGAAGAAUUAACUUAAUUUUUUCUAAUUUUGAUAGUAAAUAUCUGGGGAGUGUCUGUUGAACGAGAAACUUAUUUGAUUCGUACUGAUAAUCUUAGAACAACUGCACCUUCUAACAGCUUUACCAAGACCCACGACCUUCCUCAUAAUUGUUUUACAGAAGCCGUGGUAUCAACCCAACUGAUAUUUCCCAGCCUCUAUAAUCUACAAGAGCUUUUCAGGAAGUAAGGAAUGUUUUAAAAUAAAAUAAAAAGUUUUCCUAUCGCUGCAUGGAAAUGAUCACUUUGCCAAACAUGGAAACACUAUCUCAUUUCUGCUUUAUUCAUUCUCUCUCGCGUUUCAAUUAGCUGAUUCCACUGUUGGCGUUUCUACAAAUCAAUAACAUCCGGUAAGCUAAUAACAUAACCUAAAUGACUUUUAUAUACAGUAGAACCCCGGUUAACUGAAAUAAAGGUGGGACAGCCGUUUUGGAUGACCAAUUUUUCAGUUAACCCAUCAUCUGCUAAAAAUAGCCUAUGUAUUACC